CUUUCUUCUUCCCCCCCUCCCUCCCCCUCUCUCUUUUCCGAUUUCGCCCUCCAAACCCUCCAAUUAUUACGGAAACGCCACUGCUCGGCGGCGGAGAGCUCCGGUGAGGCCCUUCGACUGGAAUCCGCGGAGGAGAUGGACGCCGGAGUAUCCCUGGCGAAGUCUAUACUGGAAAAGCCCCUCAAGCUUCUCACCGAGGAGGACAUUUCUCAGCUCACUCGCGAGGACUGUCGCAAAUUCCUCAAAGAGAAAGGAAUGCGCAGACCUUCGUGGAACAAAUCGCAGGCGAUCCAGCAGGUUCUCUCCCUCAAGGCUCUGUUUGAGCCCGGCGACGAUUCAGGGGCCGGAUUUCUUCGGAAGAUCCUCGUUUCUCAGCCGGAAAAUCUCCGUCGCGUUACGUCAUCUUCGACAGAGCCAACCAAGGAUUCGGGAUCUGGCGGUCGGAUUCGUUUACCGGAAGAUGAUGACAACUUCCCAUACCACGGGAAGGAUUCUCCGAGGUCAGAGUUUUCCGGCGGCUCUGGCCAGUAUGUAGGAGAGAAGGAUAGCUACAGGACAAUAUCUUCCAGAAGUUCAAGUGAAACAAACUCCAUGGUUGGGCAAAUGACGAUCUUCUAUUGUGGGAAGGUUGUUGUGUAUGAUGGAAUACUGCCCGAAAAGGCACGAUCGGUCAUGCACUUUGCAGCGAGUCCAAUUGAUAUGCCCGGAAAAGAUUUGUUUGGUGGGAACCCGACCCUUUGUUCCUAUCCAUCCCAUCCACAGCCGGCUACUGAAAAUUGCGGCCUUUUCGCUCCUAGCAUCAUGAUUUCCAAGCCCGUGAUUACAGACAAGAUGGUGGAACUUCCUCAGCAUUGCCCUGAGAAGGCUUCUCCUGAUUCUGCCGAUGUAGAGGGUCAGAUGAGCAGAAAGGUAUCGCUGCAGAGAUAUCGCGAAAAGCGGAAGGACAGAAGAUUCUCAAAGGGCAGAAAGGCUCAGGGAGUUGGGUCAUCCAGCUUGGAGAUGUAUUUGAGCCAUCAAGCUCGGUACGGACGAUCGGACAUUGCCAACACAGCUUCUCCCGAAAAUCGGACAAAAGACUCCAAUCCCUCGGUUGAUCUAAACAGCGAAGAAUUUUGACAGUGUGAGAUUGCGAAAAACGCAUCUGGGGGGUUGGUUACUCGUAGCAUGUUCCAGUCCUGUGACAAAGUUGACAUCUUUAACCGAGGAGAAGAAAGGAAACACGACCAGACAGGGAAUGAACCCAUCUAUUCCUGGUCUGAAACACGUGCGGGAAGUUGACAUCUCGAGUCUUGAUUCGUCUCUUCUUUUAGGGUGAACCCUUCUGCUCUGAUCGGCUAUAAUUUUUGGGUGAUUAGUAUUAGCUCUAGUUGCCAUCCAUUUUGUUUUCUGAUUCUUCUCCUCUCUUUAGAUUUUCUCUGGCUGCCGGUUGUAAUAUGUAAAUGUUGUCUUGACCCUUUUUUUUUAUUAAUCUCAGUAGCUAUGUUGCAUUGCA